CUUCCGGCGAGCCGUUUGCAAAUGUUUCGUCCGCGUCAUUUCUCUAGCUUGGCAGCAUUUGUUAGCAGCCCUGUUUUCGGAAGAAAACUUAAUGUUCCCCUAGACAAGAUCGACAAAAUUUAAAAGGUUAUAAUUGCAUGAAGUGUUAUGGAAAUUAGCGUACGCUGGGCAUCGCCCCGCGUCUUUCGUUUAGGCGAAUUGCGAACUGAGUGUUUCUUUUUGCAGCGACAAUAUGAAUAACACUACUGGUAGUGUGUGUUUGAUUUGCAACGGGAGCUGUGCAUCCAUCAGGAAUACCAUACAGAUAUUCAACAAAGAUCAUCUGCUGCCUGAGGAAGUAAACCUUCCAGAAGUGCUAGCUAACCUUUUGGAUAAAGAGAUAAAACAAGACGGUGUACAUUCCCAGAUAAUAUGCAAGAAAUGCUUUAAAUUAAUAGACGAGUAUGACGAACUUCAGAGCAGGGUAAGCGAAAUUAAGAGGGAGAUUUCCAGCAGCUAUGCCAAUACCAUAGAAAAACGCGAAAAGGAAAGUGGAGAUGAUUCGAAAGAUUUUAUUGAUAUGGAGGUGAGGCCGAAGUUGGUUAAGCAGAAUGUUUUGCCAAAAAAGAUCCUUGGCAUACCAUCUAGCGAUGAGGAAUCCAUGCAGGAUAAGCCUCAGGGGGGAGAUAUUCAGAUGUCUUUAGUAAAACUGCAGAAUAUUAACAGCGACUUUGCUAUGGAUACAGACAGCCAGAGCUUUCACAUGUUUGGGGAUAAUUCUGAUGAGGAUUUGGGACAGGCGGCGUCCGAACAAAACAAACAUAUUAUAAAAAACAUAAAAGUUGUGAACGUCAAAGCUGAACCGGGUCUAACAGAUGAGUCGGGCGGUUCUGAAACUAAACCCGACAACAAACCAAACAUUUUAAAAAAGAAAGUGUCGUCAGUGAGCAGUCAAAAUUUCGUCCAGACGAUUAUAGUCGAACAAACUGAUGACAAACAAAAAAUUGAGGAAUUUGGCUCCAUCCCGGUAGUUGCCAGGGAUGGAAACAUGUACACAUGCCUGUUGUGCUCAGGGGACGAAACGGUUGCAGGUGAAGCCAAAGCCAUAAUAAGCCACGUAAGACGCGAGCACGACACCCGUUUGUAUAUUUGCGACGUGUGCGGGCAGGACUUCUCGAAAAGAAAUCUGCUGUCUGCGCACUUAGACGAGCAUGUUGAAAAUGAGGAGGGAGAUUUUCAGUGCGAAGUUUGCAAUAGGAUUUUCAAUAAUCUCCGCCUUUUUAGAAUCCACCGCAGAAUGCACUAUCCUCAAAAUAAGGCCUGGACGUGCGAGACUUGUGGCAAGCGGUACAGCAGUAAAAAUUUGCUGGAGGAACACGUCAAUACCCACUUGGGGUUGCGGCCGUACAUUUGUCAGGUUUGCGGGAAGGAUUUCUCCAGCAAAUAUACAUUUAAAGCCCAUGAAAAGACCCACGAAAUGAGACCAAGACCAUUUAAGUGCUCGCAAUGCCCCAAGUCUUUUCUCAGUCAGCAAAAUUUGCAACAGCACGAACGCACCCAUUCGGGCGUCAAAGAGUUCACGUGCCAUCUCUGCAGCAAGCAAUUUGGUUCUGCGCACAAUCUCGAGGUUCACUCCAUAGUGCAUACCGGAUACAAACCGUACGUGUGCGGCCUUUGCGGCAAGGCGUUUGCUCGCAAGGCCGAGAUCAGAGACCACGAGCGCACCCACACUGGCGAAAGGCCGUACCAGUGCGAGUUCUGUGGCGCCACCUUCAGUCAGAGAUCGAACUUGCAGUCGCACAAACGCGCCACACACUACGAUGACAAACGGUUCCGUUGUGAGGAGUGUGGCAAAGGUUUUAAACGACGAAGGCUGCUCGAUUAUCACAUGAAGGCCGCGCACACGGGUGAGCGACCGUUCAAGUGCGACAUCUGCGGCGCGACCUUCGUCUACCCGGAACAUUUCAAAAAACACCGGAGGAUCCACACCGGCGAAAAACCUUUCCUGUGCGAGGUUUGCGGCAAAGCGUUCAACAGCCGCGACAACCGCAACGCCCACCGAUUCGUCCAUUCAGACAAGAAGCCCUACGAAUGUCUUGUCUGCGCCGCGGGAUUCAUGCGCAAGCCCCUCCUCUACCAGCACAUGCAGGCUCAAGGUCACUUGAACGACACCAUCGUCGUGAAUCAGCCGCGACUCACGACCGACGACGGUCAAUUGAUUUCGGUGGAAGAAAUCGUGGACACGGCGAACGUCGAGUCAAAAUUCGUCAUCGAAGGCGGGGCCGAGCACAUUAUAAUCGACGGGCGGCAAAUCAGUUUUGCUGACGCUUCCGAGGACGGGGAAAACGAGGAUGAGAUGCUGGACGAAAUCCAGCAGGUUGUGAACGACGCUGAUGGCGAGUUUGCCGAAAUAAUCACCAGCGAAUCGCUGGCCGGGACGGAGACCGAGCUGAUCGACACUCCUGAAGGACCAAUCCAAUUGGUCAAGGUGCGGAUCCCCAAUGAGAACGGUGAGGAGGAGGAGGCGUGGAUAAAAAUAGUGCCGGAGUAGAGGAACCGGCCGCGAACUAUAGUGUAAUUUGUUUAUACUGUAAAUAUAACUUUUUGGUAUAGUGAUAAUUAAAUGAUCGGGAUUUUUGAUUGUGUGUUUUU